AUGGCUGUUGCUGUUCUGCUUAUCAUCAUAGCCCUUCUCGUCGCCGCAGUGGUUAUUCUUGCCGUUCUUACUGCUACCGGAGCUGCUCGACAUGGUAGUGAGAACGUGAAGGGAAUCAAAAAACUAGAUACAUCAAAUCAACUAUGGAGCGAGCUCUUACGUCCAAAAAACUGUGCUAAAACAGAAUAUUUACAGAAACAUCCACCUCUUGUCAUUUUGUCCCUAAGCGGACUUUCCAACGUUUUAGCAGCGAGUUUCAUCGCUUUGAACAAAAUUCGUGGUUACGGAAUCAGCGCAGAGGCUGUCUACUCUUGCAUUCCGGAGAACAAUGCUACAAAUCGUAUAGCUAUUACCACAGGACUCUAUCCGGGCUCACAGAAAUUUGGUAAUUUGAGCUUGAGUUUUAACUGUCAGCGCCACGACUAUAGCAACAUGAGCGUAUGCUGCUAUCAUGGUCAAACGUGUGCAUCCAAAGAGCGUAGAUGCUUUGAAGGGUUAGUAAUUGGGCAAAUCCUUGUUCCAUAA